UCACCAUCAUGCGCGUUUCUGGCUACCCUAUGUCGAACAGACCUUCCAACAAUAUUGUUGAAGAGUACCUUUCGCCAGUCAACGAUAUCUACACCGGAGAUUUUCAGGACUUCAAAAGCCUCAACGACUCAGAGAAGCAAGAGGUUAUCGCAAGGGAAGCUGAAGACUACGGACUAGAGAGGCCGCAAGGAUACAAUGUAUCCUUCCACUACAACCCACACGUGGAAUAUCACCACUUCGGAAGCUCGCAUCCAAUGAAGCCUUGGCGAUUGACUCUGACCAAACAGCUGGUGCUGUCCUAUGGGCUCGAGUAUACAAUGGAUCUCUACGAACCGCGCCCAGCAAACUUCAACGAGCUAGCUAUCUUCCACGACCGCGAGUACCUGUCAUAUCUGAGCGAAAUCACACCUCAGAACGCCAAACCUGAUGACGCACAGUACAUAGCUUAUGGCUUCGGUGGUGAUUCAAAUGACUGCCCAGUCUUCGACGGCUUGUGGAACUAUGUGUCACUUUACACCGGCGCAUCCAUGAGUGCAGCCUACAACUUACUAAACAAGCAGUCUGACAUAGCCAUCAACUGGUCCGGCGGUCUGCAUCACGCGAAGAAGAACCUAGCCUCUGGCUUUUGCUACGUCAACGAUAUCGUCAUCGCAAUACAGCUCUUGCUGACCCAGCACCAACGAGUCCUAUAUAUUGAUAUUGACGUCCAUCACGGCGAUGGCGUAGAACAAGCUUUUGAGUCAACCGACCGUGUAUUCACUCUCUCAUUCCACAAGUACGGUAUCGACAGGCACGGUUGGCCAUUCUUCCCGGGAACUGGCAACAUCGACGAGAUUGGUCCAAAGGAUCCAGCGAACCGCGGUAAAGCACACAGCCUGAACAUUCCCAUCGACGAUGGCAUCGACGAUCAUCAAUACAAGUCGCUGUUCAAGACUGUCACGAGCAAGGUAGUCGAGAAGUACAACCCUCAGGCCAUCGUCCUUCAGUCAGGCGCCGACUCUCUUGGUGGAGAUCGUCUCGGUCGUUUUAAUCUCAAUAUCAAAGCACAUGGCUCCUGCAUUGAGACUGUUAAGUCAUUCGGACGCCCUCUCAUCCUUAUUGGGGGUGGAGGAUACACACCUCGCAACGUCGCCCGAACCUGGUGCCACGAAACUGCCGUCUGUGUCGGCGCCACAUUGCACGACGAUUUGCCAACUCACAUCCCAUACCUUCAAGCGUUUCAGGGUGAGGAAAACGGUGGUGGCAGACUGUAUCCGGACCUACACAACACAAAGCGACACGACAACCUGAAUACAGACCCAGCACUACAGAAGCUCGUCGAAAGAGCCAUGGAGAACCUGCGGUACAUGGAGGGUGCACCUAGUGUUGUAGUCAACACCAAGGGAAUCACUGAGGAGCAGAUCAUGAAGAUCAGGGAGCAGGUCGAGCAAGAAUUGGCGGACGAGGAGGAAGACAGAAAUUACUCCUUGGCUGUAGAGAAGACGCGACGAACUCGUGAAAGGAACAUUGGAGGAAGGAACGAGCGUCGCUAAAGCUCGUUUUUUGCCUCAAGCUACCAUUUCAUGAACGGCUUGUUUUACAAUUGGUAUUCGGUCAUUGGCGUUGGGAGAUUUGGCGUUGGGAAGAUUGGAUAAAGUGCGCCUAUCUCGAUACCCUAUCGU